UUCCACAGUGCCUGGUGUACUACUUUCUUUUUUUGGCAGCGGACCAAUAAAUAUCAACUGUAGGGUCACGUGACCCCGCAGCCCAAAUAAGCCAUGCCAGUAAUGUCGGCGGUGCGGAGGGAGGAAUGUGGUCCGUCUCGGCCGUCUGAGCUUUCCAGCCCCGUAAACAUGCAGUUCCACGGGCGGUAGAUCGUAAGGAGACCUGGCCGAGGAUGUUGUGGAUGCCUUGCGGUAGGUCCAGGGUGUGGUAGUUGGAUCGACAGGAAGAUUCGGCGGAAGUUUGGACGUCAUCCGCCGGCGGUUUGGUAGUCCUUCCGUGCGCCUGUGGACUGUGCCAGCCACACGGUACUGUACAGUGGAGCGCCGCUCCCGCAGCUUGGAUUUGCGUUUUAGCCCGAGAUCUCUCGUGUUUUCUGGACUCUAACGGGGAACUUUUACCUCAGAAGUCGGGUCGAGGAUGGAGGCCAACAUCGAGAAGGAGUGUAGCGCCCUGGGCGGACUGUUCCAGACCAUAGUGACCGACUUGAAGUCCAGUACACCAGUAUGGGAAGACUUUCUCAGCAAGGCCACCAAGCUUCAUUCACAGCUGAAGACUACAGCCCUGGCAGCAGCAGUCUUCUUGGACUCCUUCCAGAAAGUGGCAGAUAUGGCCACCAAUACCAGAGGAGCCACCAAGGAGCUGGGUGCAGCCCUGACCAGAAUGUGUAUCCGACACAGAAGUAUAGAGGGCAAACUCAGACAUUUUUCAAGUGCCAUAAUGGAGAAGCUGGUGACCCCCCUCCAGGACAGGAUGGAGGACUGGAAGAAGGAUGCUGCUCAGCUGGACAAGGACCAUGCUAAAGAGUACAAGAAAGCCAGACAAGACAUCAAGAAGAAAUCUGCUGACACUUUAAGAUUACAGAAGAAGGCCAAGAAAGGUAAAGCGGACGUGCAAACACAGCUGGACACUGCACUACAGGGAGUGAAUGAACUGUACCAGACGUUAGAGGAAGCGGAGAAGAACGCCGUGCGGAACGCGCUGAUCACGGAGAGAAGCCGUUUCUGCGUGUUCGUGUCGUGCAUGCAGCCCGUGGUGGAGGAGGAGCUGGGAAUGCUGGAGGAGAUCACGCACCUGCAGUCCGUCCUGGACGACAUGGUCAAGAUGUCGGCACAGCCGUACCAGCUGCCGCCCGCCAGCGAGCAGGUUAUAACGGACUUGAUGAGCGGGGAGAGCACGCCGUGGGGUCAGUUCCACACCCCGCCCAGCUCCCCCAGCUCCAUAGGAUCCCGCAAGUCGUCCAUGUGCAGCUUGAGCAGUAUAAACAGCUCGGAUUCGCGCUCGUCCGGGUCGCCCUCGGCGCACUUCCGCUACCGCAGUCUGUCGCAGCCUCCGCCGCCCCCCAUGAGGUUGUCGAGCGUCUCGUCUCACGAUUCUGGGUUCAUGUCGCAGGACACGUUGUUUCUGAGACCGCCGUCGCCGUCAAACUUCAGCGACUCUAGUGCCAACCAGGCUGCCACUCUGCAGAGAAGGAACACAUGGAACACGUGGGGGCAUGGGUCAGUGGGUUCCACAGUGGAAAGGAGAAGAAAACCUCUGUCGGGGGUGUUCGCUGGUGUGAGCGAGAUGUCAGAAAAUCCAGUAAAGUACCUUGAGGCAGUCCUCUCGCAGAUGACUGUUGCAAUUGAGGAGAAUGAGCCACCCCCGCCGCCACCCCCUGCUCUGGGACACAUACACUCCUCCAGCGAACACACCCCCUCGUCUACAACCUCCCCCUCCCCUACCUCUCCUCUACCCCCUCCUCUUGCCAACACGUGGACGCCACCCCCCUCCUCGCCUGGACUCAACCCCCCUCUCGCUGGAUGGAGCAACUCCCUGCCGUCGUCCCCAGGUUUGACCCCCCCUGCGACCAGCAUGUGGGGGGGGACAUCUCUGCUGGAGAUUUCAUGUCUGCUCUCAGUGGAGUAG